AUGGCACAAAACAAAGGAUCCAAUGUUUUAAUACAACAAUUAUUAAAAGCUGAAGAAGAAGCUGAUCUAGUAAUUAAAAAGGCAAAAGAUGUGCGGGCAAAAAUGCUAAAAGAAGCUGAAGCAACAGCAACGGAGGAGUUGAAAAUCUUUCGAGCCAAAGAAAAGGAACGUAUAACUAAAGGACAUAAAGAAAAAUCUACUGCUGAAGAUGAGAUUGUAACUAAAAUUGAACAAAACACAAAAGAUGAAAUAAAAAAAUAUAAAGAUUUGUUUAAGAAAAAUAAAGAUCAGGUUGCUCAAUUUAUAUAUGAUAAAGUUUUCAAAGUUGAUAUAGACAUCCCUGACUGUGUGCAAAAAUAUAUGUAG